CACGUUGGUAUUUAGCAUCAUAGAAUAGCCUUAGGUGGUGGACAUGGACAGUUCUACAAAGUCCAGCUUGUGGUUAGAGAUUUGCCGAAGUCGAGAAGACUGGGAUGAAUUUCUUGAGAUUUGUGGAAGAGAAUUCGUUCACUCUUCGCUUGCUCAACGAUACCUGCCUAACUUGGAGAAGAGGAAGAAACUAAUUCCAGAAUAUUUUAGAUACAUAUACGAUAAAUUGUAUUCUGACGAAAGGGCCAUUCUAAGCAUUCUCAAAACAGAUCGAGGAGAAGAUGGGAAAAAUCUCGCAAAUGCAAAAAUUAUCAUUGGUUGGAUUUUUCGUUGCAAUUUCACUACAAGACCAGUGGAUACUUCAAGAAUGUUUGAGAUUUAUAGCAAGGGUACUGAGAUCCUACUCAAGAGAGAUCAAUGGGUCGUUGAACAUAUACACGAACCGAUCAAAAAAGCUGCAGACAAUAUGGGACUGUUGCCACUAUAUCCCGGACGCAUAGCUGUGAGGAGCGAAUACAAAAAAACAAAAAUUAUGACUGACUAUACCCACGAAGCUGCAUUUCUAAUGAUGAAGGAACUCGAAACGAGAAAUGGAUCCACUAAAAGAGGUUAUUUGCUAUACUGGGUCAUUAUAGACACAUUAUCGGGUGCAAGAAAGCUCAUGUCUAGCUGGGGGCUUACUGAAGUCGCUCACUUGCACUAUGACUUUAAACCUGGUCUUAAAUGUUGUGAAAAUCCAACAGUAAAAGAAGAGAAGGAUGUUAGCUGUCAUUUUGUGUUUGUGCAAAGAUCUAUGGCAUCGUCGCUGAGAAGUUACUUCCAACAACGUUCAUCACUGUAACAAUUGUUAUAAAGCGAUGUAAUUCGUAUUUUAUUUCAUCAAUUUUACAAAUUAAUUUCUAGAAAUUCGAGUUUCUUUCUUAGAUUAUUAUUUACUUUUAUUUAACAUUUCAACCCAAACCUUUAACGAUGUUUUCGUCGGUACGACUUGGAGAGAAACUAUAAUUAUCCUAGUUUCUGAACAUUUCCGUUGAUCAUAUCAGAUGGCGUAAAAUCAAAUUAAUUAGAAUGUGGACAUUGGCGCGAUGUCACGAUUUUAAUUGGGAUAAAAUAUGGCACAGUCUAGUUGGACUGUGAUAUCGUUCAUGC